GAGCGAGCCGCCCAAAGCGCACCACUAGACCCUUAGAAGUGUCAGUCUGUUGCGAUGAAGCAACACGAAAAGCAUUUUAUAAAUACAUAUAAUGCUAAAGCUACCCAAAGGCCUUAAGAAAAAGAAGAAAGGGAAAAAAUCAAAACGCAAAGGCGAAGAAGAACUCUUUACCGAAGAAGAAUUAGAAAAGUAUAGACGAGAACACCAGCAAAAAGCUGAAAACGGAGAAGGAUCAGCUAAAGAGAAUGAAGAGUGGUCCAAGUUCAAAGAUUUAACUACCGGCGUUGAUUCAGUUCUCAAGAAAACUCAAGGGGACUUAGAUCGCAUAAAAUCGACUUCAUUUUUUCAACGUGUAACCAUAAAAAAUGAACUAAAGCCAGUUGAAACAGAAAAACCAGUGCGCCCUGUAGUUGAGGUUACUGAAGCUGACUUUCCUCACUUAGCACAGGCAGCUGCUGACACAGACGGAGAUAAAAGUGAUUACGGUGUUACUGACGACGAGUCGGAGGAGGAAGAAGAAGACUACGAUAUCUUCGAUACAUCAUAUAUAGACGCCGUCCAACGUGGUGAAGUUAAACUUGCUUACGUUCCUGAUUCUCCAGAGGAGUCAAAGGACGACGAUAUAUUCGAUACAUCCUACGUAAACGCGUUAAUAAAAGGUCAAGAAGUCAAGUCUUCUAAAAAUAAAAAAGGAUUAGAUAUUGGAAUUGCUGUUGAAGUCCUUACUGGUCGUAUAGAUAAUGUGAAAGUCACAACUAAGAAACCAACCAAAAGAACUAUACCAGGUGAUUUGUUACUCGAAGACGAUGAUAAAAGUUCGGUUUUAGAAAGUAAAGUUGUUGAAGAGCCCGUUGAAAAGAGUAUUUUAGAUCUUGAUGCUGACAUUCCUAUAACAGCACCCAUUGAUCUAAGUACUUCGCUUAUACAACACAUUAAAAAAGAAGUACAUCAAGAAGAUCAAGAAUGCCCAACGUCUAAUGUUGUUGAGGAAAAUCCUAGCGAAGAAGAAAUCGAUGAAUUCACUUUAUUAGCAGCCGAAUCUCUUGAAACAAAAGCCGAGGUUAUUAAAUUAGAUGAGAGUGAAAUAAAAAUUGAACCAGUUUUACAAGAUUCAUGGUCUGCCUUUGAAGCAAAUACAAAAGAGUCGGUAUUUGCUGAGGGAAUAGUUGAAGAUCAACUUGAUGUUCUAGAUCCUUAUAUUGACCAGGACGAUCCUUUUGACACCAGCUUUGCAGAUGCUGUUGUUCCUUCCACAAAUUUAUACAAUUUAAAACAAGAAGCUGCUGUAUUGGAGGAAGAUGAUGAUUUCGAUCCCCGUGCAGAUGAAGUACAGGUGCAUUUAAAUAAUAGGAGGAAGUCAUCUGUACGAAUUCAUUUGACGGAUCCUUCUGGAGUUAGGGAGUCCAUAACAUCUGAUGAUAUUAUUGACAAUCACUUAAACGAACCAACAAGAGAUUUGUUAGGAGGAAGCACUACUGAUCUAACACAGCUAGGUGAUUCACCCUUAGAUCCAGUUGAUUUGAAUGACAUUGAUCCAUUCGAUACUACUAUUGUUGAUAAAAUUGUAGCUCCAGGCAGAGUGGAGUUAAAAUUACUGGAGGAAGAACUGAUUGAUCCCACACCUGUGACAAUUUAUAAGGUUCCUAGUGAUCCCGAUUUUGAUCCUCGCGCUGAUGAAGUAAUCGAUAAAAAAACAGAAAGAAGAGCGUCUCGUCCAGAAAAUUUAACAGUUAGCAAAAGUGUGGUAUUUGAUGUCGAUGGUGUAAAUGAUGUAAACUGUUUGGACAGCAAAGCAAAACCAACGAAACCUUUAACACCGUAUUAUAGUCGUGAAGUUUCGAUCACAGAAGAUUUAAGCGAAGAAACCGAAGCUGCAGAUAGAUUUCCAAGUAAUUUACAAAGAACUCGUUCUGACGAAGAUUUUACUGCACAUCCUCCUGUUAAUACUAAGCGACGACAUUCGGAAUACCCGAAAUCGGAGCAGACCGUUUCGAUACAAAGCGAUUUGCUUCAGAGCGGAGACGUUGAUUUACCGAUAAAGGUUUUAACUCCCUCAGGUCCACCGCAAAACGCAUCGAUAGACCAAGAGGUUGAAGACCCUUUUGAUACCUCGUUUGCUAGUAAUAUUAACCCAAGUAAAACUGAACUCAGAUUAUUAGCUAAAGAAUUUUCUUGUGAAGAUACAGAUAUACCAGUAAAUGAAAAUAAAGAUUUACUGGAAACGGAUGACGACUUGUUUCAAAUAAAAGCACUGACACCAGAGCCCCUUGAGACUACUCAAGACACUGAAGAUUUUGAUCCAUUUGAUACAUCUUUUGCAAAUAAUCUAACACCAGGAAAAACAGAAGUGAAUUUAAAUGAACCUGCUGCACCAGUCACCGCAGAACUCAAUCCAUUUAUGACAGCUGAAGAUGAUGGCGCAGACUUGACAGAGAAUGAUAACCCAUUUGCUACAAGCAAUCCUUUCUCUGAUUUUGGAAACAAUUAUGAACCACCGGCUGGUGAUACAGUUCCCAUUGAUAUAUUUGGUAAUGCGGAACCAGUUAAUAUUGGAGCUAAACAAUAUGAAGAUAACAAUUCAAUUAACAUUUUUGAUAAUCAAUUUGAAGAACAAACUACGACAAAUGACAAAAUAUUAAAACCUACGGAGCUAGAACUUAUCUCUACAAUCGUGGAUGACAGCUAUGCAAAAUCUGAAGAAAUUGAUAAUCAACCUACGAUGAGACCGGUACCACAAGAAACACAAAAUUUAAUACUCAGUGUCACGGGCCAGAUGGAAUUUACAAGUUCACAUUUACUUAAUCGUAUUCCACCAACGCGUACACCAAGUCCCGUAUCCGUGAGAGAUAUUCAUUCUCCUAGCCCGACACCGGAACAGGACAUGUUGGAAGAAUCACCGGCUGCUAGUGCUAACGUUGAAGUGAAUAAAAAUAAACCAGCUAGACCUCCCCCGGCGCGACCCCCACGACCGGCUCCGCCACCGAGACCACAAGUUCCUCCACAACCACAAGCGCCCCCACAACCACAAGCGCCUCCACAACCACAAGUUGACGAUAUUAACCUUUUUGAUGCUCCAGCACCUGUUGUUAUUAAACCAACUAAAGAAGCCAUUCUGAGUUUAUACUCAGCUCCUAAAAAAGAAGAAAACCCCAUUGACUUUUUAAGCGAUGAUAUACCUGAAAUGCCUGCUAAAGAAGAAAUAUCUACCAAUAUUGCCCCUAAUGCAAUUUCUACUGUUAGUACGACAGUUGAAUCUUCAAGUUUAAUUUUUACAGAUUCAAUGAGUACAAUUGAAGAAUCACACAAGGAAGUGGACAUUAGAAAUGACACUGACACUAAAGAUGAAAUCCAAAAUCUUAACACUGAAAUGGAUACCUCAGAAUCGCCUACUGAAGUAAAGGCAACUGAAAAAGUCGAAGAAACCAUAACGUCUCCUUUUGAUAACGUUGAACAAGACACUUUGGGAAAUGAAGCGUUCAAUGAUUUAGACAAAAAUCCUUUCGAAUCAGCCUCUGAAGGUAUCACAAGUGAACCAUUUGCUGCAACUGAUAUAUUUUCAGCAAAACCUAAUGAUACAAUUAUAUCUCCUGCAGCGGAAACGGUGCAAAAUGUCGAAAUUGAUGCUUUUAAUUCAGUUCCAAAAAAUAAUUUCCAAGAAUCUCCCAUGGACCACAGCGGGGCUUUCGACACUGGAACAAACAUCUUUGAUAGUGUUCCUGCGACCAUAGCGCCCGCAUCGCAGGUCGAUAAUCAAGCUGAUUUUGGAUGGGGACAACCCGAACCGAUGGCGCAAGACGCUUUCCCUGAGAAUAACGAUGCAUUCGAUGCCUUCGCUGCUAAAUUCGAUUCGGCCAGCGGAAAUCACAUGGCUACAGACGCGUGGGGAGACGACGGCAGCUCGGAGGCGGCGCCCGGCGGGUUCGAGGCGGAGGCGUUCGACCCGUUCCUCAGCAUGGGCGCGCCGCCACCGCCCGCCGCCACGCCGCGCCUCGAGCACCAGGGCUCGAGGGACUCCACUGAUGAUACUUUCUCAGUUUUCAUCAAGCCCAAGGAGAGCUCGGCCAGCGCGGGGCCGGCGGUGCCCGCGCUGGCGCCGCCGCCGCGCGCUGUGCCCGAGUCGCCGCGCGUCAACCCCUUCGACAGCGCCGAGCCGCAGCUGCAGUUCCAGCCGCAACCACCGGAGGCAUUGCGGAGUCGCGCGGGGGCAGGGAGCGGGGGCGAGACGCCGCCCACGCCGCUGUUCGACGACGACGUGUCGCAGCCGCUGGAGGACUUCCCGCGCACCAAGUACCUGGGGCCCGGCUGGGAGAUGCAUCUGCGACAGCCCAACAAGAAGAAGAUAACGGGACAGAGGUUCUGGAAGAAGGUGUGGGUGCGCGUGGUGGUGCAGGGCGACAGUCCCGUGGUGCAGCUGCUGAGCGGGCCGGGCGAGCGCGAGGCGCAGGCGCCGCUGCAGGAGCUGCCGCUGCAGGCCUGCUACUCCGUGUCCGACAUCGGCGCGCAGCAGUUCGACCAGUUCGGCAAGAUCUUCACCGUCAAGCUGCAGUACGUCUUCUACAAGGAGCGCCCCGGCGUCAGGCCAGGUCAGGUGACGAAGGCGGAGCGCAUCACCAACAAGCUAUCGCAGUUCGCGGCGUACGCGAUACAGGGCGACUACCAGGGGGUCAAGGAGUUCGGCAGCGACCUGCGCAAGCUCGGCUUGCCUGUCGAGCACGCACCGCAGGUGUCGCAGCUGUUCAAGCUGGGCUCGCUGAGCUACGAGGACGUGAAGCAGUUCUCGUGCUGCGUGGAGGAGGCGCUGUUCCGCCUGCCCGCGCACCGCGACCGCGCGCUCACUUACAAGAUGGAGGAGGUGCAGAUAACGACAGUGGACGAGUUGUACGUGGAGCAGGACGCAGAGGGCUCGGUGCUUAAACAGAUCGCGCGCGUAAGGAUCUUCUUCCUCGGCUUCCUUAGUGGCAUGCCGGACGUGGAGCUGGGGCUGAACGACAUGCGGCGGCAGGGCAAGGAGGUGGUGGGGAGACACGACAUCAUCCCCGUCGUCACGGAGGAGUGGAUCCGCGUCGAGGAGCCCGAGUUCCACGCCUGCGUGCAGCCCGACGACUUCCACAACUCGCAGAUCAUCAAGUUCAAGCCGCCGGACGCGUGCUACAUCGAGUUGAUGCGGUUCCGUGUGCGUCCUCCAAAGAACCGCGAGCUGCCGCUGCAGCUCAAAGCCGCUUGGUGCGUUACCGGCAACAAGGUGGAGCUGCGCGCGGACGUGCUGGUGCCGGGGUUCGCGUCGCGCGCGCUGGGGCAGGUGCCGUGCGAGGACGUGGCCAUCCGCUUCCCGAUCCCCGAGUGCUGGAUCUACCUGUUCCGCGUCGAGAAGCACUUCCGCUACGGCUCCGUGAAGUCGGCGCACCGGCGCACGGGCAAGAUCAAGGGCAUCGAGCGCUUCCUCGGCGCCGUGGAGCCGCCCGCCGAGUCGCUCAUCGAGGUGACGUCGGGGCAGGCCAAGUACGAGCACCAGCACCGCGCCGUGGUGUGGCGCAUGGGGCGGCUGCCGAAGGAGGGGCAGGGCGCGUACACGUCGCACGCGCUGGCCUGCCGCCUGGCGCUCACGUCGUACGACCAGGUGCCGGGCGAGCUGGCGCGCUGGGCGCGCGUGGAGUUCACGAUGCCGGCGGCGCAGGCGUCGCACGCCACCGUGCGCUCCGUGGCGCUGCACGCGCACGACGCCGACCCGCCCGAGAAGUUCGUGCGCUACCUGGCGCGCCACGAGUACCUGGUGGGCAUAGAGCGCACGACGGGCCAGUCGGCGGCCGCCUACACGCUGGCCGCCACCACCGACCCCGCGCCGCAACCGACACCACCGACACAACCGACACAGCCCACACCGCCCCAACCGCCCCAACCGCCCUCCUCCGACUCCGACUCCGACUGAACACCGCUCUACUUCUCCAGCAACAAGGACAUCGAUAUACAAUAUCUGUACAAACCCAAGAAGAAGGGGCACAAGUAAUCGGUGUGCCGUUGCGAACUUUUGGCAAAAGAUUCUUAAAAGUAUAUGUCAAUGAUGCUCCCGUAAUUUUGGGAAAGUUACGUCACAGUGGUUUUGUGUAUCAAAGGUAGGUUGUGUUUGUUCUGUAUCGGCCUAUUUCUACCGAUUCAAAGGUUUGAUGUUGAAAAAUGUGUUAUUAAACUUAGAUUUAUGGUGUAUAAGAUUUGAAAAAAUGUAUCAAAAUAAAUAUCGGUAUUAUGUUUUAUUUACGAACGUCGAACAUUUCUACAUAAUAUUUUAUUGUAUAACUGAAAUGGACUCUGUUUUAGUCGUUACUUUUCCUAGCCGCUCUUCCGAUACUUUACAGUUUGUAUGCCGUCUCGUUGUACCUAAACACUUCUGAGGUUCCUCGAAGAAAAUUGUUACAAAUUUAUGCUUCAAUUUAAUAUUGCGAUAUUCUUAACUCUUUUAGCGAAAUGUUAUAUUAUUGUUAAAAAAAUCAUCAAAUAUAUUCCAUUUAUGCUUAAUAGAAUCUAGUGGACUCGCCGUUGUCAAGAUAUUAAAUUAUGUUUGGAAAGUGCUUAAAUAUAAGUUGAAUAAACGUUCGAAAUGUAAUGAACUAAUGACUAUAAAUAAAUGCUACCACCAUACGUAUAACGUACUAAAGGUACAAUAUCAUAUUGCGUAAGUUACCUAGUAAAGUAAGACAUGUUUGUGAUUAAAGAUUAUCCUUUAUAUUAGUUUGCCGUGGUCGGUGGUACUGUAGUGUAUUCAAUAUGUGGAGUUAUAAAGUAGCGUUGCAUAUUAUGUUAGGUGAAAUCGGACAUUCCCACCGCUCUCUGUAGAGUUAUUGUAUUAAGUAAAUUUAUAUGACAUAAAAUAUAUAAUUAGUGCUUAAUUCAUGGGAAAUUAACCAAAGAAGAAACUAAAGUAUCUUAUAAACAUGGCUGAGAUGUUAUAAGGGACAGGGAUGUUUUAUAAAAUGACGUGUUUCCCGCGCGAGAUGCGCGCGCAGCGCGUUUUGAACUCUACAAUUAGCUUGGUCGACAUUUUGGAUAAUAUUAUAUAAGUUCAAUUUGAGCACAAUAACAAAAUAUAUUGUAUAUUUACGACAAAGAUGAACUCGUUGAGAGUUAUAAUAUAAAAGUUAAAGGUCCAAUUGUUUUUCUUCUAAAAUCUUUAAAGUGCUGUUAUACGAUGCAGAUUCUUGCGACUUUAAUAAAAAUUAUUAUCAUUAAAUUGUCGUUACAUAAAACGUUGUACAUAGUAACGUAAGAGCGAUAUUCUCGAACAUUGUUUAGUUUUCGAUGACAAUUUAACAAUAAUAGAUUUUGUAACCAUUAGUGUAAGAUAAUGUACUUAGUUAACAUAACGUGUGUAAAGGGAGCCAUCAGAAUGGUCGGGUGAGUGCUACGCCUGGAAUGUGAAAUAUAGUUGAAUAAAUUAUGGAAAGUGAGGCAAAUAUUAUGAUCAUUUUCAUGUCAGUAUUAGCAUUUAUACUGGCUAUUAAGUGAUUGUGAUUAAAUGUGGACGAUGUAUGGGAACCAAUAGGAGUUGUGGAAUUGUGGCCGUCGACGAUAGUAUUCGAUAUUAUUUUGAGAGACGGGCCGCAGCUGCGAACGGGCUACAUGAGACAUUUCCAAUGUAUAGCUGGAGAGAGGGAAAUGGAGUAGAGUUGUAUAUGUAUAAGGGAAUUAGUCGAUAAGUGGAGAUGUAACUGUGAAUAGCGUCUAUGUAUUGCAUCUAGCACAAAACCUAUUAGUGCGAAUGUAUAUGAAAUACUCUACCUUCCUUCUGGAAUAACUAUAAACCUUUCUAAGAAAUAAAGUAUAUACUAUAUAUUAUUAUCGAGUUAAUGUCUAUGCUUGUAUCGAUAUAACCCCUAGAUCGCGUUGUUGUACUUCUCAUAAAGACAUUUGACGAGUUCGUAUCGACUCCGAUAACAUUAUUAAUUAUAGAGCAAAUAUUCCAAAAUAUUGUAAUAGUAUAUUUAUAUUGUAACAAAUACCUAAGUAUAGCAUUAUAUCGUUCGUUGUGUCGACGGAUAGCUCUCUGUGUUGGAUGUUGUCUCUCUGCGGAUCUUUGCUUUUGCUAGAGCUUACAAGAUAGACUAGGUAAUAUUAAGAGUACCUAAUUUUCUGCCACUUCUGGAUAAUAUCGAUUUUCGACCAUUGCGGCAUCGGACAAACAGUGUAAACUCUAUCAAAAGUAGACCAUUAAGUAUAUACCGUGCAAUAAUAGGAUAAGUGGUGUGCACUAGCCAGGACAAUAGCCCGGCCACUAGCCGGGGCACUAGCCUAGCGUCAAGAAGACUCGCCAGUCAACCACGAACCCUGUCAUGUUUUGUUGUUAAUAAAAUAACCGCAAAUG